GUUCAAGCUAAAACCAGGUUGCGCCGCCGUCUCCUUCGAGUGUCCGGAAACGGCGUGUCGGUGCUCGAUGGUCCAGAAUACCUCAAUCCGGCAUGCAACGUCCGCCUUCAGCCACCUGAUCGUGUAUUGUGUCGCAACGUGCUGCGAACAGCACAAGUUCAAUCUUCUCCUGGCAUCAUAUCAUCUCCACCAUUGAUCUUACAAAUAAUUGUCAGUUUCCAUCGACAAAGCCAAAACAAAUCUCUUUUGAUCUCCUUUACCUCUGUCAUAGUUCUCAGCUCUCAGAAAACUACACGGCUACGAGCACUUGUUUUACACAAAGGCAAGCAGCACGGGUGUGUGUGAAGUGGCCUCUUCUGCAUGGCAUUAUCCCACUGCAUAUGGCAAUAGCAAAAAUUUUGUCUUUUGUGUCCAACGACGCGGAGCUACUGUAAUCGCUGCCUGUAUCCGCUGUCAAAGGCGGUCAGCUGCAAGAGUUCGCCUCUCUUUCACCACGAAGCAUUUUGCAAACCACCAGGACUGAGUCCUUAAUAGACUGGGCAAAACUUAGUGGAGACAAGACGAAGAACAAUUUUCUCUGCAUAGGCAUCUUAUGAUUCAGGUGUAUCGUCAGCUGUCAGAUCCUGCGGGAACGUUGCAUCCAAUCCCAUCCUCUUACGACCACGCUAUCUGCACACGCCGAUAUUGAAACACCUCAGUCCAAGCUACUUCGCGCUAAAGAAGUUGAGAAGAUCCUAUGCCUGCUUUUGCUGGUUAGACGAAAAGUUCAACAGAUAUCCCCGAAGUUGGAUACAGAGGAAGCCCUUACACCGGGUGUGAAUGAUCCUUUCGUCCUUCCCGCUGGCUGUUUGCCAUUCAUUCCUCACCGACAACUUGACAAGGACACAUCAAUUUGUCAUUUUCUCAAAAUUGAGAACCAUUCGCAUACAAUGGCACACGAGGCAUAUCUACCCGACCAGUUUGGGACAUCACAGUAUGCAGAAUCUCAGCAAGCUGUUGGACUAGGAACCCAACACUAUGACUUUAAGCAGCAGCAAACGCAGGGCUUCUGUCCAGAUCCACGAUCAACCAUUGAAUCGCCCUUCACACAGCAAGGGGUGGGUACAUCGUCAUCACCACCCACGCCAAUGUCUCACAAUAGCGACAUAAGACGAACACGUAGCGGUCGCUCCAUGGUCAGGAACGAUUCGCCACAUUCCAACGUCAACAGAUCAUCGUCAACACGAUCAAACCGUAAAAAAAAAGCUUCCGCAAACGAGAAGCACAAAACACCCAGACUAACCGCUCCGCUCAGUGUGCUCACCAAGGACAUGGUUGACGUACCUGUGCGCGACAUGGAAGCUUGGGUUAAGCGGUCGGCCGAAGAGCGAGCCAAAGAAGCCGAGAAGCGCAAUGGCUAUAUCACACGCCCGAUGAAUUCUUUUAUGCUGUACCGAUCCGCGUACGCUGAGCGCACCAAGAUGUGGUGUCUGCAUAAUAAUCACCAGGUGGUCUCAUCUGUAUCAGGCGAGAGUUGGCCUCUUGAGCCGCCCGAAGUUCGUGAGUUUUACAACGAACUAGCCAAGAUUGAGCGAAUCAAUCAUCAGAAUGCACACCCAGACUACAAAUUCUCUCCAAGCAAACCGGGCACUGUGUCUGGUGGUAGUGGUAGCAGUGGCAAGAAAAGGUCAAGGAUGAGCGAGGAGGACAGUGAGCUGAGUGAUGUGGAUGACCCGGACUGGGCUGCUGUGAGCGAAACUAGAAGCAGACCCUCUAAACGCGCUGGGAGAGACGCUGGAUAUACUGCUCAUGCCAAUCUCAGCGACGUCCAAGGUCACUUCAGUGAGAUAUACUCUCGUAAUGGCUCCAACUGGGGCCAAGCUGUACGACCACUCCCGAUGUCAGCACUGCCAUAUCAUCCGAUAUCAUAUCCACAACAGUUCUAUCCAAGCCCUACGAUGCAACAUCGUACAGUGCAGAUGCUGCUUCCACCAGAGCGUCAGCAGCAAGGCGCAUUUGGAAACGUCUUGUUUGACAACCCGUCCAUGCCUGCAAAUCAAGCUCUCAUUGGUCUCCCGGGAGGAAACCACGCUGAACUUCUUGGCCUAUCCACAGGGUUUGAUCAUCAAGUUGACCCAAUGCUUCUCGCUUUUAACGAUGGAAAUGGUCCUGGUGCUAAUCUAGACGCUCUUUCAGCGUAUACAUCCAACUACGAGCCACCCAAUUUUGCUGCUCAAUAUCGCAUCGAACAUGGAGCCGGCGGACCACUCAUCACAGAUUAUAGACCGAAGGAGUGGGUACCAGACAGUACGAGCCCUGGAUUCGAGAAUACAGCAACCGAAUUCGACAAACUGUGGGACGAGCAUGAGCUCGAUAGAAGGUUGGAUAUGCAAGGUGAGCACGGUCUCAGCGGCGAUGGGAUGGCAGACCAGCAGAGCGGGCCAGUUACGGGACUUGGUGAGCUGGUGAAAGCAGCUGAGACAGCUUGAUCAAGCGCAGUGCGACCGAGAAAGCUGGGAAGGUCUUUUGGGUAGUCGUUGGUUCUACGCCGCUGCGAUCCUCGUUCUCAGGCCCCGUUUAACGACGGCAGAAAGGCUUUCAGAUUAGUUUGAUCUAAACAGCCAAAGAUCGUCUCUACAUCUAGUUUGAACUCGCAGACAUUCUCGGGUUUUGCGUUGUGUUGACGCCAGUCACGGUAAGAGACGCUGGUCCUUGACAAACACAUUCACAUAGGCAUCUACACACAUUCACACACGCACACACAGCCGUACAAACAAAACAUGGAUGCGCAGCGUUAUUUGCUUUUCCGCCAUGGGUCCGGGCGUAAUCGAUACUGUAAGUGUAGAAAGAUGAUGGAAACGGGAAUUGAGACAAACGGCGAAAAGAGGAUCCAUAUGUAGGCAAAAAGAUGCUGCAAGCGGAAUGCCAAAGCCAGAGCCAGAC